GCAUGAUGUAUCGACGGGAACACACACGGUGGACGGAUCGCGUUCAGAUUCAAUUAGCACGAGGGAUUUUUCCCAGCCAAUGAUAGGGAGAGCGAUCCAACGAGAGAAGAAAGGGAGAAAAACGGUCCCGUCGAAAUUAGCAUGAUUGUCCAGUCCGCGAUGCAGCUCAAAGUGGGAAUGGAUGCACCACACCGAGUGGGUCGGUUCCGAGGACUUCUCAUGUCUUGUCUACAUUACUAGUCCAUGGACACUAAACCUGGCCGAGCCAUGGUGGAAAGCUAAGUAUUGGAUUUUAAUCACUGAUUCAUUCACGGUUAGUCUACAUAUUUUCCAAUCCUCCCCGGUUUUGCAAUCCGGUGUAUAGUUAGUACCCUACUUUCCUACUGAAACCUGGGUUAAGUACUCCAUUAAGGAUGUCCCCGCCAGUGGGGGAUGUGACGGUGUACCGAUCCAGCUUGGUGCGCGUGUGUGAGGGUGAAACUAUUCAGUUUCUCUCCAGUAAGAGAAAGAAAGAGAGGAGAGAGAGAGAGGAAGAGGGAGAGGGAAGGAGGGAGAGCUGAGCUCUGGAUCUUCCAUGAGCUAGAACCUAAGCAGCUGCAAGAGCUACAGCUUGCUUUCCUUUUCCUUUUCUUUUUUACUUUUUCUUUUUGUAAAUUACAAUUGAAUACAUAUAGCGUUGCAGUACAAUCUCGAUGGGAUGAUGGAUUAUCAGCAAACUACGGAAGUGAGGCCACAUCUUCCGUACGUUAGAAGAUGCAGUAGUGAUUAUGAUUUGGAUCGGAUCGCUGAUAAAACCGUGGAUGAUUUGGUGGGAUCAACCCUGACUUCGGCUACAUACAUCUGGGCGGGCGCGACUAAAAAGCAAAAACAGGUGAAUGAACAGAUCGGCAUCGUAUCUCUAGCUAGCUUACUUGCUAGAAAAGGUUAUAAUCAUCAUUCAUUCAGUCAGUCAGUUAAUCAGUCUACUGAUCAAAUGAAGGAAAAGUAAAAACAGAAAAGGAGAAAGCAUGAUUGAACACUACUACUGUGUACUAGAACAACUGAGUGAAGCAAGUGAACUGGCAAUCAUAGCUAACCAACCAACUAACUAACCAACUGGGGAGGAGAGGGGAAAUUCCACGAGGAAAACUUUUCGGAAACGAGGAACAACCGCCUUCCGAUACGGUUUCCGGCUAAGAAAAUACCACGAGUGGAUGUGAAUGUUUUGUUCCAUGGAUACGGAUGAGGUACGCGUGCAACUACUAACUAACUAGUAACUAUGUAUGUAUCCUUCCCCUUCCUGCCGAAAAAGACCCGGCCGAACCCCAGCCUGGUUAUGGAUACAAAGAUGGAGAAUAAGUCCGGAGUACUCCGUACUAGGGAAG